AUGGACGCCGAAUUCAAUCGUACGUCGUUGCGGCGACGAGUCCAGGCCUUUGUGAAUCGCCUGUUGCCCGACAGUUUCGAGAGCCGGAGAACGUCACGUCGAAUGCGACAGUACGUGCAAUGCAGCGCCAAGGAUAUUCUGGACUUGUUGGCAUACGAACAGAUUGCAAGUCUGAUGGGGACGACCUCGGAUUUUGAAGUGGGUUUAACUGAGUUCACGAAGGUUUUUACGGACAUUUUGUUGCCUUUACAUGGUAAACAUAACUCCCAGGCCGAAGAGAACUGGAACGAGCCCGGUCUUAUUGUCCUAUCGCCAAAUCUGGGUCUUUUUUUGGGUUUUUACACAGCUAAUAUCAAUUUUUACUAUUGGUCUGUCGGGAAAAUAAUGAGCGUAAUGCGUCGACCGUGCCACUGAACUGGAAAGCAGCUUGAUUUUGCGGCAACACAAUUCAUUUCGUCGGCGGCGAUGGGAUUUUCGAUGCGACAGAGUACUCAUUAUUUUCCCGACAGACCAAUAAAUCGCUGGGCUAAUUUUCAGCGUUCGCACUUUGCAUAAAAAAUGGGGGUGCGAGGGAUAACUAACCCAAAGCUAAGCCUAUAUACCCGCGAUUUACGAUGCAGCUUGAUAUCAGUCUGUCGGGAAAAUAAUGUGGAUUUGUCGCAGCAAAAUUCUCAGGAAAUCUCCAGCUGCGUAUCGCCAGCUUUCGUGAAGCGAAUUCCCAAAUCCACAUUAUUUUCCCGACAUACUGAUCUGAAGCUGUCGGGAAAAUAAUGUGGAUUGUUGCAGCAAAAUUCUCAAAAAAUCCCCAGCGACGUUUCGCCAGCCUUCGCAAAGCGAAUGCUCAUUAUUUUCCCGACAGACUGAAAUUUGUAAAAACUUUUAUUGAGCUGACAUUGAUCCGAUUCCAUUUCCCAUUUUCAGGACAUCCGCUCGCGCAAAGUGACGCUGCAGCUGCGGAUCGCGGACGAAAUCACGAACGGCGACCUGACGAUGGCCGAGAUUCGGCGCAUGGAUCCGCAAGUGCAGAACUUCAUCAUGGAUGUGAUGAAGGCGCGCGGCAUCGAAGCCAACGACGCCGCCUCGGACGACGAGGACAAGAAGCCGCAGGGGCUGCGGAAGCGGCUGACAAAGAUGCUGUCGCAGAAGUCGUUGAUCUAG